AUGGUUAAGUCAUAUACAAAUCACUCAAAGACAUCUCGUCAACCAAAGCGUCCCUUUGAAAAGGAACGUUUGGAUGCUGAAAUGAAGCUCAUUGGAGAAUAUGGAUUAAAGAACAAGCGUGAAGUAUGGCGUGUUCAAUACACUCUUGCUAAGAUCAGAGCAGCUGCUCGUCACUUAUUAACAUUAGAUGAGAAGGACCCAAUUCGUGUUUUUCAAGACCUUUUAUUAACUUUACAAUUAAAUAUUGUAGGUGAGGCCCUUUUAAGACGUAUGGAAAGACUUGGACUCCUUUCUGAGGAUGAAAGAAAAUUGGAUUAUGUACUCGGAUUAACAGUUAGCAAGUUUCUAGAGAGAAGACUUCAAACCCGUGUAUUCAAGCUUGGUUUAGCAAAGAGUAUUCACCAUGCUCGUGUAUUAAUCAGACAGAACCACAUCCGUGUUGGACGUCAGAUAGUUGACGUACCAUCAUUCAUGGUUAGACUUGACUCUGAGAAACACAUUGAUUUUGCCCUAACCUCCCCAUUCGGAGGAGGACGUCCAGGCCGUGUCCGAAGACGAACUCUGAAGAACCAGAGUGGUGGUGGAGAGGACGAAGAGUAA